GGCCCUAGCUGCAGGGUCUAGAACAGCCUCCCGGGCCGGGGCGUGCGGGGAUCCUGAUCCGUCCUCCCGAGCCCUCCGCCCGCCAUGGCCACCCCGGCCGCCGGCCGCAGCCUGCUGCUGCUCCUCCAGGUGCUCGGGCUCGUCCUGGCGCAGAUCAGAGGUCCUCCGGGAGAGCCGGGGCCCCCGGGACCCCCAGGGCCGCCGGGAGUGCCUGGUUCGGAUGGCAUCGACGGUGACAAGGGGCCCCCUGGGAAAGCUGGCCCUCCGGGACCCAAAGGAGAGCCUGGCAAACCGGGGCCCGAUGGGCCCGAUGGGAAGCCGGGCAUUGACGGCUUAAUGGGAGCCAAGGGGGAGCCUGGACCCAUGGGAACUCCUGGAGUCAAGGGUCAGCCAGGACUUCCAGGCCCCCCUGGUCUGCCGGGUCCUGGUUUCGCUGGGCCUCCUGGACCACCUGGACCUGUUGGUCUUCCUGGUGAGAUUGGAAUCCCAGGCCCCAAGGGGGAUCCAGGACCAGAGGGACCCUCAGGACCCCCAGGUCCUCCUGGGAAACCGGGGCGCCCAGGAACCAUCCAAGGCCUGGAAGGCAGUGCAGAUUUCCUGUGUCCAACCAAUUGUCCAGCAGGUGUGAAAGGUCCUCCAGGGCUGCAGGGAGUCAAGGGCCAUCCAGGCAAACGUGGGGUUCUGGGGGAUCCUGGCCGUCAGGGGAAGCCGGGCCCCAAGGGAGCUGUGGGUGCUUCUGGAGAACAAGGCAUCCCCGGACCACCGGGACCCCAAGGCAUCAGGGGCUACCCAGGUGUGGCAGGACCCAAGGGAGAGACUGGUCCUCGUGGGUACAAAGGCAUGGUUGGCUCCAUCGGCGCUGCCGGGUUACCGGGUGAGGAAGGUCCAAGGGGGCCACCAGGCCGAGCUGGGGAGAAGGGUGACGUGGGUAGCCAAGGUGUUCGAGGACCACAGGGGAUAAUGGGCCCAAAGGGAGCAACGGGUCCUCCAGGCAUCGAUGGCAAGGAUGGGACUCCAGGCAUACCUGGCACCAAGGGCAGUGCAGGACAGGCAGGGCGGCCAGGAAGCCAGGGUCACCAGGGCCUGGCGGGUGUGCCGGGCCAGCCUGGGACAAAAGGAGGCCCUGGAGACAAGGGUGAGCCGGGCCAGCAGGGCCUCCCUGGAUUCUCUGGUCCCUCUGGAAAGGAGGGAGAGCCAGGGCCUCGAGGAGAAAUUGGUCCCCAGGGCAUUAUGGGACAGAAGGGUGACCAGGGUGAGAGGGGCCCAGUGGGACAGCCAGGUCCCCAAGGACGACAGGGCCCAAAGGGGGAGCAAGGCCCCCCAGGAAUUCCAGGAGCCCAAGGCUUACCAGGCAUCAAAGGAGACAAGGGCUCCCCAGGGAAGACUGGGCCCCGUGGUGGAGUGGGUGACCCGGGUGUGGCGGGCCUCCCAGGAGAGAAAGGGGAGAAGGGCGAGUCUGGUGAGCCAGGGCCAAAGGGACAGCAAGGAGUCCGAGGAGAGCCAGGCUACCCUGGCCCCAGCGGGGAUGCGGGCGCCCCAGGCGUGCAGGGGUACCCAGGGCUGCCUGGCCCUCGAGGACAAGCUGGAAACAGAGGCUUGCCAGGCCAUCCGGGAAGACAGGGUGUGCCGGGUCGAGAUGCCAGUGACCAGCACAUCAUAGACGUGGCGCUGAAGAUGAUGCAAGAGCAACUGGCAGAGGUGGCUGUGAGUGCCAAACGGGAAGUCCUGGGUGCAGCCGGCAUGGUGGGUCCCCCAGGACCUCCGGGGCCUCCUGGAUAUCCAGGCAAGCAAGGAGCGCAUGGGCACCCUGGCCCUCGGGGCAUUCCUGGCAUCGUGGGAGCCGUAGGUCAAAUUGGCAACACAGGACCCAAGGGAAAGCGUGGAGAGAAGGGUGAUCAAGGAGAAGUAGGACGUGGGCACCCUGGGAUGCCAGGUCCCCCAGGGAUCCCAGGAUUCCCUGGCCGGCCUGGCCAGGCAAUCAAUGGCAAAGAUGGAGACCGAGGGUCCCCAGGGGCUCCAGGAGAGGCAGGUCGACCUGGCCUGCCAGGCCCCGUGGGGCUGCCUGGCUUCUGUGAGCCCGCAGCCUGCCUUGGAGCUUCAGCUUAUGCCUCUGCCCGUCUCACAGAGCCUGGGACCAUCAAGGGGCCAUGAACAACAGGCUAGGAUGAAGCUCACCAGUAUCUUGGUGGUGUGGCAUGAAUCGCAGCCCCAGCCCAGGCUUUUCCAGGACUUUGUCUGGGAUGCAGAGAUCCUGAGGGGCAGAAAUUCUACAACACAGGGGAAGGGGAGAGCCUCGGUGAAAAGAUGAGGCCAACAGGGCAAGUGUCACUGGGGAGUCAACGCGCAAAGGGAGUAGGGCGGCUUUCCCUCCUAGAGGACCACUCGGGUGGUCCCCAACAUCUCCUCCACUUGCACCAGUCUCUACUGGUCAUCCUGUUCUCAGGGCAGGUGGACUGAGUUCUCUGCCGGUGCUGUCCCAUUCCCUCUGGACUUUCUGGUCAAGGCCAACCUCACUACUUCCUGCCUUCCAGCUGAGUAUUUAAACACCCUCUCCCUUCUCUUUCUGGCAUUGCUCUGUCCUACCCCACCCCCUUUUUCCUAAGUUCCACACUAGUCUUUUGUAAAUAUAAACCCUCAACUUGGGUACAA